AUGCAAAAGGACUGCGUUUUCCAGCAGCCAGCCCUUCUUUUUGAAAAGUCGUCGCGUAAAACUCCAACAGAAAUGAUUCUGUGCUUCCAAUUUAAUGGUAAAAAGUUUGGCUUCUGCUUCCGAAGCGAACUGUGCCGCUCUCGUCAGGCUGCCUGCGCUGCCGGUUUGGAUUGUCACUUCCUUCCCCCCUCACCCCUUCUCUCCAAAGGUGGAUACAAGUCUGUGUUGGGCCACCCAAAUCAUUUUGCCAGAGCCCACUCAACAGCUGUCAGAUGUGAACUGGAGCGUCUGAGCAAUCUAGUUGGUAAACCAUCUGAGAACCAUCCCCUUCACAAUAGUGGACUGUUGAGCCUAGAUCCUGUUCAGGACAAAACACCUCUUUACAGCCAACUUCUUCAAGCCUACAAAUGGUCAAAUAAGUUACAGUACCAUGCGGGGCUAGCAUCUGGCCUUUUGAAUCAGCAGUCUUUGAAACGCUCAGCCAACCAGAUGGGAGUAUCUGCAAAACGCAGGCCAAAAGCUCAGCCUACAACUCUUGUCUUACCUCCCCAGUAUGUUGAUGAUGUGAUCAGUCGCAUUGAUAGGAUGUUCCCUGAAAUGUCUAUCCAGUUAUCCCGGCCGAAUGGAACCUCGGCGAUGCUCCUGGUUACCUUAGGAAAAGUGUUAAAAGUGAUAGUGGUGAUGCGGAGUCUCUUCAUUGACCGGACCAUAGUAAAAGGAUACAAUGAAAAUGUCUAUACUGAAGAUGGCAAGCUUGACAUAUGGUCUAAAUCCAACUAUCAAGUUUUUCAGAAGGUGACAGAUCAUGCAACUACUGCUCUAUUGCACUACCAGCUGCCUCAGAUGCCAGAUGUGGUAGUCAGAUCUUUCAUGACCUGGUUAAGAAGUUACAUAAAGCUGUUCCAGGCUCCGUGCCAGCGCUGCGGAAAGUUUCUGCAGGAUGGCCUGCCGCCCACGUGGAGGGAUUUCCGAACACUCGAAGCUUUUCAUGACACUUGCAGGCAAUAGUCGCACAGCCCAGCCGUUGGCGUGUAUGGACAGAACAAUCUGUCAGGCUCUGAACAGAGCUGCUGGUUUAAUAGCUGGUUCCAUUUCUGAACCUUUCAUCCUGUGCUAAGUAGUAAGGUUGCACUAAUACGUUUGACUGUUUAGUAGCAUCUAUUUAAUAGUGAUCGCUCUGCUAGGUGCAGGAGAGCCUAAUGUGUACAGGUGACGAGGGUGAGAAGCUGUGUGUGAUUGCUUGAUGCUUCUGUGCUGAAAUGAUGUUUGGGCUCUGAUGCUUGUAAUCAUUAUCCUAAACAAUAAUAAGAAUAUCCAUGUACAGUAUGUGUUUUGCUACAGAACUUGCACCGAUGAAGACUUUUAUAAGCUUGAAAUAAAUUUUGUAUUCCAGAAUUUGUGCUAUUUAUUUCAUGAUCUGAUCAACAAAAUGCACGGUUUGGGUGUGAAUUUUUCAAAGCUGCUCUUUUCUUUAGAAAAAACUGGAAACAUUUAAACAUACAUGCUGAUAUGAUAGGGGUUUUGUUGUUGUUGCAAGGCUGCUUAUCUGUGCUGCUGGUCUUUUUCUGGAAGAGAUUAUGGUGUUGAUUAAACAUGGAAUUUCAAAGGCAUGUGGCAGCUUGGAAGAUGGGAAUGUACUUUCU